AUGGAUCAUAUAGCAGAUGAACUGUGGUUGAAUAUGGCUGGAGAUCCUUUAGUUCCUCUAACUUUCCUGAUACCGGCACUUCGUGACAGAGAGGGAUUUUAUAGUGGAGAGGUCAUCAUCAAAACGAUCGAAAGGCGGUCAUAUUCAACCACAAGACUGCAGCACGAUGUCCUUUCUGCCACAGAAGACAAUGAAAUCCUAGACAAUCUCAUGUCCUUCAAUGAAAUUAAAGGAUUGAUUAUCAGAAAAUUUAAUGAAGCCCAUUGGAUUUCGAUCCCCAUUAUUGACAGUAACUUUACUCUUAUAGACCCGAAAGUGAAAUCAAUGAGAACACUGUCAUCUAGCGAUGUAUGCCAACUAGUAAGGAGCCAUUGUUUUCACCCUGGAGCCGUUUACAUUGUGCAGAAGGACACUUGUCAAAUUGGAACAGACGAAAACAUAGAAAGCACUGAUGUAGAAGAAACUGGAGAGGAGAUAAUUCAGAAUGAGGUGAAACGAAAUUACGGAUUAAGGAAGAAACCACCAAAGAAAAGAAGGACGAGUUUUUGGUAUGAAUUAGACCAUAAGAAGAAUGCCAAGAGAUUGCCAGCUAAUUCUGUGGAAGACAAUAGUAGAAAUACAGAUGAGGAUGAACAUACGCAAAAUGACGAAGAGGACAGUUCAAAAGAUACGCCAGAGAUUUCUGAAAUAGACGUUACGCAUGUGACAUGGCUUAAUAAAGACAGUCCAGAUGACACGGAAGUUGGAAACAAUGAAGAAGAAGAAAUAGAUGAAGGGCAAUACAACUUAGAAUCAGUUUGGUUAUCUAAUAUUGACUCUGCAUUAAAUCACAUAUUCGGGAUCAUGAGAUGUGAUGAUUCAAACUGCGAUGAGGUUGACCAUGAAAGACACCAUGAAUUUCUGAGAACACCAAACAGAGUUCAACAAAGGGAGCAUGAUACCUACGGUUUUGGUUAUCAUGUCUUCUCGGAAAAGCUGGUCUAUGAUAUUGGUUUAACUCUAUCGCAGAAAUUAUUGUAUUAUCCGAAACUGCCAGGGAAACCAUACACCUCAGCAAUAGUAGAGCAGAUACGGGGACUUGCAGACUGCAAAUUAAAAGAACUGUUUACUGUUAAUACUACUUUUGCUUCAAAGUACAUCAGAGACGUGGUCUUGAAGGAGAUAAUGAUUUGGCUAUUGUGCCGAAGCAGCAAAUGUCCAUACCAAUUUGCCAACAAUAAAUGUUUGUCAACAGAACAUCGAGUUGUGAGGAAAGGACUAAGAAUUUCGAUUUAAAUGUGUAUUCACGUCUCAAAAAAUCAAUUUGUAGCUAAAGUUUAUUACUUCUUAAAAAUACAUAACAGACGAGACAAAAAAAAAACUAUAAAAACUCUGAUAAAAACCGAUCUUCUAUCUAUUGCAUUUAUAAUAAGCCUUGAACAAUACGCAAUGUCACAAUUUAAAAAUAAAAUAUGAAAUAUAUUACUAUAUAGUGUUUCCAUAUUAUUGCGAAAAGAGAAUAUUAAACAAUUAUGAAAAACGGUUUUCCAUUUUUCCAAAAUUUUGUCUUUAUGAUUUAAAGAAUGAGAUUAUCAAAUGACAACUGCAUGUGGUUUAUUGAUCCGAUUUCUUUUACGAAAUCUUUUCAAAUUUUCCUAACUUGUCGGCUAUUACGUAUUCUUUCAUGGUAAUUUUUCGCGAUACACCGAACGAAUGUUUAGUUGUGAGAAAAGCAUGAUUAUUUAAUUUUUAGGAACUGAUUGUACUUGUAUUUUUUUGAUUAUCUGGCUUUCUUUAAAUGACAUUCACAAUGAAAUAAUCAAUAAUGAAUAUGCACAAGAGAACAGUUGCAGAUAUGUUUAAAUGUAUUUAUCUUUAAUCUUUCGUCUUGUUUUUGUAAAUGUGCAGUGGGUAUGUCUUGAUCCAGUGUCAAAGUUUAUAAGUGUUCUUCUCAACAAUAGGUGUAGAUAUCAAUAAUAUAAUGGGGUGGUGCUUAUCUGUGAAAUGUUUCGUAAAUGAUUGGUUCUGGUUGUAUUUUGGUCACUCCUCCCAAUCAUCCAGAUUGAUGGUUGUAGUAAUUAUUUGGACAGAUAUCAUUUCAAGCUCGAUUUGAUAUGCUUAAUAAAAUUUCUACAGGUCAUAAAAAUUGUGUAUUUUGGUGUACGUUUAAUAUGUAUUAGAUAUAGUUAAUGAUUAUUUUGUGUGCCCAAUAAUGUUUUUAUUUACUCAAGGAUUUGUUAACACGUUUUUAUUAUCAAUGUUUUUUGUCAACUUAUUAAGAAUAGAAUAAGAAUAAGAAUUUUAUUAGGCUGAAAUCUAAACAAUCGGAUUGUUAUUAUGCAUUUGUAUCAUUCAACAAUAUUCUUUUAUAACUGCUGUGUACUUUAUUCUGAAAGAGAUCGAAAACGAAUUCCCGCCACUAGGGAUAUAAUCUUUAAUGUUAUCAUUUACCCCUAAAAAUUAAAAACAAAUUAGAUAUUAAAUGUUAAAGUCAUUUUCGACCAUCAAUCAAUCUUUUUAUAUUUUCUAUUAAUACAUUUGAGAACAUUUGAUAUCAAAAUAUGAACAAAUAAUCGUUUUCAAUAUUUAAAAUUGCACAACAGAACAUAUGCUCAAUUUAGAA